AUGCUCGCAACAACACCCUAUCUCACCAUCCGGCGUCCCUCGCCCACCACGGCCGAAUUCACCCUAACCACCUGUCCUCCUCUCACCCUCCCCCUCCGAGCCGCCUUAUUCGGCGUCCUCUGCCUACGCUUCAUCGCCGUUCUCUCCGUCAUAAUCGGCAUCUACGCGGCCUUCUUCUCUCCGACGGGGUUACUUCCUCCACCCAUCUUCCCCUCCGGCCGCAUCUCCUUCCUCGACUUCGACCUCAACAAUUUCCUCCUCCACAUCCUCCACCUCCUCUACAUUUCUCGCCCCGGCCAGUACCUUGCCUCCCUCGCCAUCUCCCUUCCGCCCUAUGCCGUCCUCGCUCUCUCGGCACUCACCUCGUACAUAGCCCUGUUCGCGCGUAUCCACACCACCGAGUCCCUCCUAGUCCUACGAGGGUUGGGGAUUCAAAUGUCCAGCAGCGUCGGCGGAGGUAAUUUCUUCCGCUUGGGGGGAGGUACCUUUAUGAAGAGGACGCGGUUCAUACCGACCGAAAAGAUACAGGAUAUCCUGAUCAACGAGGCGUUCAAAGGGUUUGAGGUCAGGUAUUACCUGGUGAUUGUGGUGGAGGGCGAGCAAGAUGUCGUGGUUUGCUUUCCGAGGCUGUUGCCGAGACGGAAGAUUGUUGAGAGGGUGUGGAGGGGCGCGAGGGGGUGUUUGUAUGAGAAGGAUGGACCGGUGCUGAGCGCGGGAGCUGGUGGUGGCGGGGGGAGUCAUGGGGGGAAUGGAGCGUGGAGAGGUGGGAGUGGGAAUGGGAAUGGGAAGGGUGGAUAGUUGCUUUAAGACAUGGUGCAACUUGUAGGAAAUCUGUCUCAAGUUGUUGAGAGCGGAGCGGGCGUUUUUGCUUACUUGGUUUUAUUAGUGUUUAAACACCCAGUGAUAUCAGCUGUCAUGCGUACAUAUCUCUGGGCUUCUAUUCCUUUUUAUCAAACUUCGAAUACUCCAGAUCCAUUUCUCAACCAAAUAUCAGCACCACCGUAAUGCCAAGAGCGGU